UCGGAGGAAAACAACUCUAUACAUUGUUACCAGUAUGUUAGUGAACGGAUUACGGUGGAUGAAAGAACCCUAAUCUCCUCGGCCGUUAGGGAUAGACGAUAUGACGCAGCAGAAUCAACGUCAUAUCUCAGUUUAGGCUGUAUGGCUAGUUCUCUAGCUAUGAUAACUUUGUACCUCUAGCACUGCGCUGCGCUGGGUGAACUUCUCGUGUUCAGUAUAGUCUUACGCGGCCUGUGGUCGCACAGUUGUAACGAUGCUGGGCACUACAGACUGGCUUCUCAAGCGCUUCUUAAAGUUUGUGUUGAAGCGCAACGUGGGAAAGUACUUGACGUCGGAAAUCGACCUUGAGCAGCUCGACGUUAAACUGGAUACCGGCAAACUCGAGCUAAAGAACAUUCUUCUCAACUGUGAUGCUGUCAAUAAGGACUUGGCUUUGGACGGCUGGUAUGUCAAGGCGGGCUACGUGGGCAGCGUCAGCGCCAAGCUGCCGCUAGUCUCCCUCUCGUCCGCGCAAUGCAGCGUAGUGGUCAACGAAGUUAUGCUGACCGUCGCGCCCACGGCCUCCAUCAACCCCACCGCCGCGACAUCAGCACACCCGCAAUCAGACAGCAGCGCAACUGCGCCCAACAUAUUCCCACAGGACAUACCCUCCAGCGGCCUCAAUGGAUCCUCAUCGCCACCCUCGCUUCGUAGCACGGCAGGAGGCGGCGGCGGCGGUGGCGGCAUGGGCUUCCUCCUCGCAGACGACUUUGGCUGGACGGGCCAGGGCGCAGUUAUGGAGGGCAUUCGCCGCAUCGCUGGCAGCCUGCAGUCCAUGCUGCAACACAUGCGAGUGGAGGCGUCUAACGUGUUGGUGCGCAUCGAGCUGCCGCAUCCCUCGGAGAAGGGCCGCGUGGUCACGGCCGCGCUAAAACUCGACCUUGUGGAGUUUGGCGACUUAGCCUCGAUCUCUGAGGCAGUGGCUGCUUCAGUGACCCCUCAACACCAUCACCACCAUCAACAGCAACAGCAGCACCGGGGUCAUGACGCGCAUGGGCACAGAAAUAACCACCGAAACGCAGCCCCGCCUGCCUCCGUACGGCCCCAUGGAGGUGCUGUGGGGCGGGACGAGGGUGGCGGGCCCUCUAUUAGCGGUGGUACGGCAGCAGGUUCUGGGACGGGCGUGGGUUCCGGGCCUUCGUCUGCGGCGGGCAUGUCCGGCGGGCGGCGGGAGAUUGCCAAGUUUGUUCAGGUAAAGGGGCUGUCCCUCGACCUGUUCGAGACAACGCCGUUAGUAACAGGCGCGGGCUCAGUUGACUACGCGGCUGCUUCAGCUGAUGUCCCGGUUGCAGGAGGCUCCGGUGCGGCACAGGCGGUGAUGCCGCUACCCGCAGCAGCAGCGACGGGGGUAACCUUGAUCUCGGGACCCGGCAAGCACGGCGUGCAGCUCAGCUUAGAGCUGCGCAUGGUUAAGCACGAUAACUGCAACCAGCCGACCCAGAUUACAGCAGAUCUGCAGCUAGGAGCGGUACGGUUACAGCUCCUGCCCAGCCACGCCGUCUGUUUGACAGCGCUUAGUGCCGCACUUGGCGGCUCAUCCACGCCUACAUAUAAGGAUGACGAGAUGGAGGGGAGUGGCGCCGACAGGGACUUUUCGUCGUCAACCGACGCCGCGGGGUUGUGGGCAUCUUGCGCAGCUGGUACGGCUGCAUCGAUGUACGGCAAUGGCGGGGGCAGGCACGGACAACACUGGGGCCAGCGGUCGCUGUUUGAGUCGAUCAUGCUGCCCGACUGUGAAGACGCCGUCGCACAGUCUCUGGAGCCAUACAUGCUAAGAGCCGGCAGCGGCUCCAGUGGCGGUGCAGACCCACUGUCAUACGAUGAUGUAAACGAGUUCCAGGACGCUCGUAGCCGGUUUGGCUCGCUUGCAAGCAGCUUUGCAAGCGGGGUCACCGCGCCGGUAGCGGGCGGCCCGGGAUGCCUUAACCUGGGACAGGCAGUAGCAGCAAGGGUGGGCGCCGGCGCGCACGAGGGACCGGGCUGGAGGGUUUCCGAAGCUGCCCUGGGCCUGCGCUCAGUGCCCCAGCAGACUGCGGCUAAGACAUCAACAGGAGCAAGAGCAGGAGCGGCGGCGGGGCCCUCCGUCCCUACCUAUAUGCCGGCAGGAACGCCGGCAGGAACAGCGGCAGCAGCGCCCGCAUCCGAGCCUUCUGCGCCCAAGCCGAUUGUCAGCGUGCAUGCUCAUGUCUCGCACACGGCUGUGGUGCUUUGCUAUGCUUCGGCUGCGUCUCAGCAACAGUCAUUACAGAAGCAGUCGCAGGAAUCGCUGCUGGGCCGCAGAGGCCAGCACCAAGUGACUAGCGGCUCACGUAGGGGCGGCGUUGGCAGCGGCGACAGCCCUGACACGUCGGCUGGAUCACCUUGGCACGGGAGCACUAACACUGCAAGCGCCCCUGGUUCUGAUGUGUCAUCCGGGGAAGGCGGUUGCAAUGCGUGCGGUGGCAGCCUGGUAUUGGAGCUUCACGAAAUAAGCUGCGACUUGUGGCAGGAUGGCGUGCAUGGCAACGGCGUGGCACUGCAGGCAGGGCAGCUACAGUUGUACGAGCAACUGCCAGCAACCGUGGGUAUCAAGUACGGCAUGACGCCCUUGGAGUGGAGUCGUGUGCCCGAAGGCUUGCCGCAAGCGCCCUACCGCUUCCGCCCCACCCAGCCCGCGCCUGCGCGGUCGACAUCGUCCUCAAGCGCACCUGGCGCGGCUGCUGCAGCGGCUGUGGCAGCGGCUUCUGGGGCCCUGAGUCCUAGGCAUGGGGUGAAGCUGCAUGGGCGUAACUCACAGACAGCUGCCGGAACCGAUGGAAGCAGCUGCAUGCAGACCUGGCCCGUCCUGUCAUGCGCCAGCACGCCGCCGCCUAGCGCCAACGGGGCAGCCGCAGCGCAUCCCACGCAUGCGACCCAUGGGUCAGCUCAUGGAAGGUUUGGCGGCAACAGACACGCCGCAGCGCCUGCUCAGGCUGGUACACCGCCUGCAAGCAGUGGCGGAGGCUUGUUCGGGUCAGGGUGUCUGAAGCUCCGCGCGCUAUGGGGGGCAAAUGCAUCGCCAGAGGGCGCUGGGGCAUCUGAGGGCGGUGGCGGCGGCGGUGGUGGCUGCACGGCUCAAGCUGCGCCGUCCCUGGAUGUCAGCUUGGAGCUGCUGCCUAUUACGGUUUGGCUGUCGUUGCCGUUCUUGGAGAGGGUAACGGCCUUUGCGGCGCCGCUGAGCCUGGCUUCAGAAGCCACCAAGCCCACAAAAGCUAACCGCAGAUGUGUAGUGGCUGUUCCGAAACCCGCGGGCCCUCUGCCCCGCCUGUCGGUCACCCUGGCAACCCACCACGUGUGCCUGUUGCUGGCGCUGCUGCCGAGUAACCCACCUACCCCGCCGCUUCCAAAGCCCGCCGGUUCGCCGGCAUUCGUUGCCUUAGACAUUGUAACUCACCCCGAGGCCACAGCAUACCCGCACCACCCCUUCCCUCACUACACCAACAUCAACUACACGCACCCGAGCCACGCAAGCGGCGGCGUCGCGGGCGCGGCAGGGACCACCGCGCCCGCAUCCGCAACGCCGCCGUUUUCGUACGGUCCUCCGUACGGUACCCAGCAGCCGUACAAUGGCGGUUGGACGGUUGGCCACCAUGCGUCGUACAGUCAUGGAGGGCCGCAGCCGCCUGCGCAUGCCGCUGGCUACCCCGCAGCUUGGGCUCCUGCAUGGACCGGGGCUGCGCUUCCGCCGUUGGUCAGCAUCCACCGGCUACCAGCUACAGACCGUCUGAUUCCCUCGCAGGUGACGACGGUGGACGUGGUGGCUGGGGUGGUGGAGCUGUUACUGGUGCUGGCGGGGGGCGCUGGGCCGGGGACAGGCAGCAACACGUCACAGCUAUGGGGCCACAGCAGCGGCGCGGCAGGUUCCGCUGCCAAUGUGCCCUGGACCAGUAAGUCCCUCUUCAGCCUCAGCCCGGGGCCCAUGCUGCCGCCAACUGCUGCCCUGCAUGGGCCCCAAGCCGCCUGGGGUCUCCCUCCACACCCGGCACCCCCUACCGGACCCAAUGACGUGCCGCCGGGAGCCGGCCUGCAUCUCCACAUUUGCGCCGACCCAGGGGUCGGCACCGCCCCGGAGUUGGUUUCGGAGGCACGGGGCCACGUGGCAGCACACUCGCAGGACCGCUGGGCGGAUCCGGACGGCGAGGGCGGUGCAUGGGAGGAGCGCAGCAGCUUCCGGAGUGUGGCGUUCCACGAGCGCUGUCGCAGGUCUUCAGCCACUUUCGUGCACCUGCGCGCCCCUCAAGCCCUGCUGCGGCUCACCCGGGCCGACAUGGCCGAUGUCGCAAUGCUACCGGGGCUGCUGCUGCCGCCGCCGCCGGCCACAUCACCACCGGCCACACCAUCACCAUCACCCGGAGGAGCCCCAGACACAGCAAAGGGUCGGGUUUCCUGGGCCUCGCCGUCCGCUGCUGGACCCACGGGUCGCAACCACAGCGGUUGCCUGCUCAGUUCGCCCCCAAAUGUGCCGCAAACAUGUGCUCUGCUGGAGAUUGGGUUGACGAUUCAGCUGUAUGACGAUGAGGGGACCGUAUCGCCGCCGUUGGGUGGUGGCUUUGGGGCCGCGGCUGCUACUGCUGCGACUCAGGCAGCUGCAGCCGCUAGUGGUACGACUUCCCGGCCCGCUCCGGUUCCGGGUUAUGGCUCGAAUGCGAGCCCCAGCCCCAGUCCAAGCCUAGGCCUGGGUCUUGGCGGAUCUCGAGUGGCGCUGUAUGAGCUUGUUCUGGAGGAGUUGACGCUGUUCCGAGCUAGCAACCUGGGCACGCAAUCCGAGUGCAACGUCACGUCGGUGCACGUGCAUGGCGCCACGCUCAUGGGCCAUUUGGAGCCCCCACAGCAGCACCAGAUACAACAGCAGCAGCAGGCGCAGCAGCAACAGCCGCCGGCUGCUGCCGUGCGCGCGGAUUGCGACCGUGCCCGCCAUGGGCAGCCGACCCAUGGGUCUGCCGCCACGCCGCAGCAGCGAGCGGCGACGGUGCGCGGACCUGGCCCUGCCAUUUGCCUGCUGCAUUGCCCGCGCUCGAGCGGAGCGGCGGACAAGGCACCUGCUUACCUCGAGUACGUUUGCAUGGAGGGCUCAAAGCCUUCAUCUCAGGCACAGGUUGGGGCAGCAGCAGCCGGCUGGGGCCGUCGGAUCUCAACCUCCUCCGGAAGCGGCGCUUCUGCCGCUGGCACAGGACUGUACGGCAAGGCCAGCAGCGGCAAUGCACCUUCGUACGGCACUAGCGGCUUUGGAUCAGCGACCUGUACGGCUGCGCCAUCUGGUAAGGAGGAGGAGGGGGAGGCGAUUCACUCCGUGCUGCUGCAGGGCGUGACGGUGUCUACGGACCAUGGCUACGUUAGCAUGGACUGGGCGGUGCAGCUGGGAGCGCUGCUGAGCUCGCUGGCGCCUCCGCAGCCGCCUCGUCAGCCGCCUCCGCCGUCGCCAGCGGCGACAAAGGUGGACCACCAGAAGGGGGACCGACAGCAAGGACAACAGCAGUCCGACGCAACGGCAGCCGACGGUGCUCCCGAAGCAGCAGCCACCGGCGGCAAGCCCCGAGGCCGGCUGCUGGUCAACAUUGUGGACAUGGCUCUGCGACACGAGCCCAUGGAGUAUCCCAUGGCCCCCACAACGACAGCUGCGGCGGCGGCGGCGCCGACGGCAGGGACAGCAGCCCCUGGCGGUUCCCCCAGUACGUCAGCGGGACAGGGUCGUGUCAGUCCUGUAGCCCUCGUACUGAUCGUCGAGGCGGUUCAUUUUGGUCUGCCGCUGGGGGCGCAACAAGGCGCCAAGGAGAACGCGCCGGACAAGCCUGCCGUACACACCGUUGCUCUGCACUCGCUGACGCUGCAUCUGGCGGCUGUGGACCAGCGUGGGGCGGGCUGGGCCGCGAGCGACCCACGGGCCAUUCGGGAGCCCAUGCUGCAGGCGUGCGGAUACCAUAGGGUGCUCCAGGAGACCUCCAUCAAGGUCGUGGCUAAGCAACGCCGGUAUCGAAGCAAGCCCAAGGCCUCCGCUGAAGUGCCUUCAGACGCCAACCUUGCGGCGGUCGCGGCCGCCGCCGCCGCAGCAGCUGCUGCUGCUGCAGCCCCAACCGCAGAGCGGCUAGGGCAGCAGGAUGGUGGUGGAGGAGGAGCGUCCGUGCCGGACACCUUGCAGGAGGAGCAGGGAGAGCAGUGCCACCGCACGCUGGACGUGGAGGUCACCAACCAGCACCUGCUGGGCAUGCUGACGGUGGAGUCCGCAACGCUGCUGGCGCACUUCGCGAUGCAGACGGGCACGCUCAUGACGGCACGCCAGGCCGCCGCUGCAGCGGCCGCCGCCGCCGCCGCCGGUGCUCCCGUACGGCACCGCGACGGUGGCCGUGUCGGCGGCGGCGGCCCUCGUGACCUGUACUGGGAGGCCGCCGCCUCGGACGUCGCAUCCUCCGCAGCCGGAGGCGGAGGCGGUGGUGGCGCUACCAGGUCAUCAGUUGGGGUUCCGAGUACGACAUGCAUGUCGGAGAGCGCCGACGGCGACGUGGCGGGGUCGCUGCUGACGGCGCUGCUGUUGGACGAGGUGGAGGAGAAUGCCUUCCGGGGGGUGCCCGACUUGGUAGCGGCGGCUGAGGAGGGAGGGGCGGGCGGAGCAGGAGCUGCAGCAGCGGGAGGAGGAGCGGGCGGAGGAUGGUACGCUCCAGGGGAUGGCGCCGACGGCCAAGCACGUGGCGCUGUUGGCGGUGCUGCUGCGGGUGGUGGUUCGGGUCCUGCGGGGCUCAUCUUGAUCGACGAUUUCUUCCCGGUCAACCACCAGGGGGAGUACGACGAAGAUCUGCUUGUCGUACAACACCCACCACCCAAGGGCCCUCAUGCACGAUGGCGCGGCGUCAGCGCGAACCCGGAGCUUGAGGGUACCUGGUAUACUGAAGAUGACGAGGCAGGCCGGCCCAUCCGCGCCCCCCGCCAACCCGACAGCCUACCGGUACUUGCAGUUGCCGGCAGCGCACCGGCAACCCUGCCCGCGUCGCUCCUGCUAGACAGCAGCGGAGGCAGCCCCCCAGCCGCUGAUGCAUGCCGAUCGGUACACGAGGAGGGUGACGAGGAGGCCUACAAUUCAGACUUUGACGUGUGCGGGGGCGGCGGGCCGGACAGCGGCGCCGGCGGCUUCCUGAUGGGCCCCGGGGGCAUGCUGGGAAGAGGGGGGGCGCGUGCUGAGGGGCGAGGCCGCGGGCUGGCGGAGGGCUGCUACAUGGGCAACAGGGGCAGCAUGGAGGGUGACUUCGGCUUGGCUGGUUACGGCGGCGACGGCGGCGGUGUUAUGGAGGAGAUCUCGCUGCUAGAGCCGGCAGCGGGGGCGUCGGCAUCGUCAUCGGUCCGAACGGGGGCUGCUGCUGGUGCUGCUGGCAUGCCUGUUGGGGUUGCAAUUGGAGUUGGGUUGGGAGUUGGAUCGGUUGGGGUUGCGAGGGCGCCGUCGGUGGGGUCGAUUGGGUCGUCUUCGGCGGCGACGACGACAGCUACUGCGACUACAACUGCCGCCGCCGCAGCAGCAGCAGCGGCAAUGCGAAUGGGCUCUUCGCCACCCCUACCAACAUGGAGACUACAGGAGGACUAUGUGCGGGUGCCCAGGAAGUCCGAUGAGGACGGCUCCGCUCCUGGGGGCGGUCUGGGAGGCCUGGGCGGGGGCCUGGGCGCCACGGCUGCAUCCGCCGGCGCAGCAGGCGCAGGGGGCUUCACUGCUGCGGCCCAGGUCGGCAGCGGUGGGGUUGAGGGUGCUGCGGGGCUUGCCUCCACGGCUGCAGCAGCGGCUGGAGGAGGAGGUGGGGGUGGUGGUGGGGUGGAGCAGCCGCCUCCGCUGAUGCGGAUUACCUUCAAGGAUCUGUCAGGCAUCUGGGUCAUGCACACCACCACGGCAGGCUCGCGAGCCUUCCACAGCGCUGCAGCUGCUGCAGCAGCUGCGGGCGGCUUUGCAACCGCCGCAAGUGCCGGGGGCCCUGCAUUCCCCGGCCCCCCCGCAGGCGCCGCUGCUGCCGCCGGCUUGGGCGGAGGCACGUUCCACGGCGGUAACAAUGGUAACGGCUCCAACGGUCACCAGGAAGGCCGAGUGGAGCUGGUCAUUGAAGGCCUGGGCCUCCAGCUAGAAAGCUACGGACCCGGGGGUCACUUGGCUCGUCACAUGAAGCUUACGGUGCAUGACUUAGAGAUCCGGGAUUGCGCAUUGGCGGCGCGGCAGCAGCAGCAGGCGCUAGCGCUGGCGGCUGUUGGCGCUGGCGGCGCGGCCGGCGUCGGCGGCGGACGAAGCAGCGGCCGAGUACGGGUGCUGGGCUACCGUGCCGUGCGAGGGCAGCCGAGGGACAGUCGUACGCCGCUGGUUGCGGUUUCGUUGACUGCCGUACGACCCAAUCCGGCGGCAUGUGACCCACAGGAUGAGGAGUUUAGGUUGGCUGUGGCGCUGCUGCCUCUGAGGCUAAAACUAAACCAAGAUGUGAUCUCGUACCUCAACUGGUACGGCUCGGCUGUGUCCACGGCACUCAAGCCGGCGGCUGCCGUACUAGCCAGCAUGCAGGCUGCCCUAUCCGAGCUGGGCGGUUGCGAGCCGCUGCCGCCGCCCUACUUCCAGCGCACACACAUCCGCCACUUCACAGUCUUGCUGGACUACCGUCCCCGCCGUGUUGACAUCGCCGCGCUGGCUGAGGGGAAGCUGCUGGAGUUGAUCAACCUGGUGCCGCUGGGCGGGGUGGAGCUGAGCUGCCGGGAGCUGCGGCUGGCAGGGGUGACGGGCUGGGACGGGCUCGGGGCGGCACUCGUGCGGGAGUGGCUGAACGACAUCGCACGGACGCAGGCCCACAAGUUUAUCACGGGUCUAGCUCCGGUCAACGCCGUGGUCAAAGUAGGCUCCGCCGUAGCCACCCUGGUUUCGGCGCCGGCACGACACUUUGUCCGCAGUCGCGACGGCGGCGGCGGCGGCGCCGGUCGUCAACUUGCCGUACAAUUACGUCAUACUACCGUCGCAUUCACAUCGCGACUGGUUCGCGAAGCCAUCAAGGCAGGUCGACAUGCAGCCGCUGGCGCCGGCAAGGCCCUGGCGCGUGUCGGCAGUAACGCACUCAACGCGUACGGCAUGGGUGCCGUACACGAGCCUGGAUCCGGUUUGUACGGCAACAAGAAUGGUGAAGAGGACUACGACGACCAUGAGGAAGACGAGGAGGCGCGGGGCGACUACUAUGGCGACGACGGCGCCGAUGACGUAGACCAUGCUUCCAAGGGGCGCCGCCGAGGAGGAGAUGGAUCUGCUGAGUACGGCGCCAGUGGCGGCGGCGCAGCUGUCGGUGGCGGUAGCGGCGGCAAGAUGCGCCGUACACGUAGUACCGGUGCGAUGGUACGGAAGGGCCUGGCGCGUGCGGCUUUGAGCCUGGGUACGGCAUCACAGCAGGUGGCUGCGGGUCUUCAGAGCGGCGGUUUGCAGCGGGGGGUCAGCAACGUGGCGCGAGUGGUGGCGGCGGCGGCGGCGAGUGGGGUGUCGGCGGCGGCGCCUGCGUCGGCUGCGCUGCAGGGGCAGCUCAAGGGGACGCUGCGGAGUGUAAGACACGCAUUUCGGACGCAGUUGCACAGCGGCGGGUCGGGCUCCUCUUCUGGGGGGACGGCGGGGGGACCCAGUGGGCCGCUGCAAGCGCAAGAGAAAGCCCAACGACAUGUGGAAAAGCAGCCGCAGCAGCCGCAGCAGCCGCAGCAGCGGCCGCAUUCCAAGGUUGAUUAAAGGGAAGAGUAUGGCGGAGUGCGAGGAUGAAGGGAAGAUGUGAGGGUUGCAGGAAUUGGGGAGGAAAAAGGAGGAGAAGCAAGGUCCGGUACGUGGCUGCAAUAGUAGACGCAUGUAAGUGACUGAAUGGGGUGUGGGGUGCGGUUACAAGACGUGCGGGGUGUAUCAGGAGCCACCAGUCAAGAUGGCUUGUUCCUCUUUCCUUUUGCGUUGCGUUGGACGCUAGGGUUGUGCAGAGACAGCAGGAUGAGGGCAUCUCACAGCACUUUUGCCCACCAUACGGCCUUCAUACUUCGACUUCCAUUGUACGACUCUCCUGUUGUAUAAUAGCCUUACAAGGCGUCCUCAAGAUGUAUCAAUAGGAUUCCCACAGGUUUGGUAUGUGCUUGGCUGAGUCUGAGGGAGUUCACAAAGGCUGAGCAUUCCGGGCAGCGCCGCCUUCUUCGGAGGAUGGUAGGCCCCUUUAUGCUUUGCUGCCAACUUUGUGCCGCUUGGUUACCGGUAUAGACAGGUACAGACAGGAAGAACAUUGUAGUGAGCUGCCCGGUAGGAGAACAUGUUGAGUGAGAGAGCCAGGGGCGGGGUCGGCUAGCUACUUACUGAGAAGCUGACUGACUAGAUGCUAGCCGUUUUGGUACUGGUGCUCUUAGGAGCUAAGGAGCAGCAGAGGUAUGGAGUGCGAUGUUGAGUUUGCCGCGCAUGCGCUUCAUCCAUGCUAACCGAACAGGACAGGCCUGGUGGCGCAGACCUGCCCCGGGAGUAAAAUUUAGCUCUUGUGGUGGGUUAGCGAGCCAUCUCUGCUGGCGUCACGGGCUAGGGUACUCUCGACGGGGUUGGCGAAUGUGCCAAAGUUCUGCCCUAUUUCGUUUUAGCUGAUUUCCUAUGUUGGUUUGCAACUAGUCAACAGGGAAUUCAUUGGUGGUCUGCGGUGCGGGGGCCUGUGAGGCACCUGAAAAAGGGGUUUCCAGGCGGCAUGCCUUGCAAAUGCCGUUAGGUCAUAAUGCCUGAUCUUCUUUCCUUCCGCUUUGGGGGCUACUGUCAGUCAAAUAAAUAGCGUCGUUUCCGCAAGAGUGGCCCGUGGUUCAUUGGCACGACAUUGGCGCGUUAGCCGUUGGCGGACAUCUCUAUCUAUAACAUACAGAAGGUUCAACUUUAUGAUAACUAAAAUUCAACCAAGCUUAGAUUGGAGAGGUGAGCUCAUUGCCCCAUGGGUGCUCGUAUGACGACAUCCCUGGCAAUGAAAACGUGAAAAGAUCAGAUUCGAGGUUCCGCUCUUCCGUGCUCAUGCUAGUUGUUUAGACC